GCCUACUGCUGGUUUAAUCCGACACAUGUGACCUAAAACAGUGAGGACUCUGUCCAUGGUUCUGAAGGAAGCUGAUUGGCUGAGUGUGUCCUCUCGUGCAUCAGCAGCAGCAGGUCGAUAUGUGUGCGCCUCACUAGAGGGCGGGAGACUCCUUGCUAAAUCCUCAAUUCAUGAGACACAGUUACAUUGAUGUUUCAAGUCCUGCUUGAACAGAUAAAAACUUCUAAAACUGAGACAUUAAAAAAAAAAAAAGAAGCCAUUUUGGAUGUGUAGAGUUUAGUGAGCGCAGCAGAGCAGCAGAAGUGGAGGCUCGUCCUUUCAGCGCACAUCUGUCUCCCCAGGAGGAGGGGACGGCCGACAGAGGAACAAUUAGUUUUACAGCCUUCAUUUGCGCCCUCCAUUACGCCUCAACAAUAACAGUACAAUGUGGGCGUGUUCUCGCCCCCUUUUCUCUGACUUUGCACCGCCUGUCCUCCGGAGCUGUGCGCACUGUGCGGAGCAGCCAGUAGCUGCGGAGUGGAUGUAGACUGGAUGUGGACUGGAUGUGGACUGGAUGUAGACUGGAUGCAGAGUUCAGCUCCGGCUCAGCCCCGUGGUCCCCCCCUCCUCCCCGGCCACAGCUCUCAGGCUCCCUCCGGCUCUGACUCCGGAUAAAGACCAGAGGAUGGAUCUCUAUCACUUGGCUUUCCUCUGCGGGGCUCUGUUGGUGGUUUGGGGGAUCCCCUCUUCUCACUCUCUGGCCAUCUUCCCUCCAGCUGCCCAGAAGAGCAGCAAGGUGUCCAGGAUCUUUGAUGGACAAAAAGCUUCCAGGUAUUUCAAGGAGUUUUACGCGCCGCCGUCCAUCGACAGGAGCAAUAAAGCUGUGUCUAAAGACUCAGUGGAGCCGCACGACUACAUGCUGUCUAUCUACCAGACCUUCUCCACGGCAGAGAGACUGGGACUCAACGCCAGCUUCUUCCGCUCCUCGAAAGCUGCCAACACUAUUGCAAGUUUUGUUGACAGUGGACAAGAUGACCUCCCACUCUCCCCUCUGAGGAGACAGCAGUAUCUGUUCGACGUCUCAACGCUCUCCAAAAAGGCGGAGGUGCUGGGAGCCGAGCUCAGGAUAUACACCAAAGUGUCUGGGAAUUUCAGGAUAUCGGAAACGGAGCCCGUUGACAUCCAGCUCCUCUCCUGCCACGACCGGCAGCUGCUCGACUCCAAAACGCUGGACCUGCAGGAUUCCCAGAGGCCGAAGUGGGAGGUGUUGGACGUGUGGGAAAUAUUCAAAGAGCAGCAGCACCUGAGCCAGGGGGAGAAUUUCUGCCUGGAGCUCAGGGCGAUGCUGGACAACCCAGAGAGGGAGCUGGACCUGCACCUGCUGGGCUUGCACAGGCACGGCAGGCCUCAGCAGAAGAAAGCCAUCUUAGUGGUGUUCACCAGGUCUAAGAAGCGGCAGACCCUUUUCAGUGAAAGGAGAGAGGGGAGACCAUUGCUGGGUCUGGAGAGGAAGGCCAAAGAGAGGGGCCCUGGUGCCAAAGCCAGCAGGAGAAGGAGGACGGCCGUGUCCAAAACCCGCCACGGGAAGAGACACGGCAAGAAGUCCAAAUCCAGGUGCAGCAAGAAGCCGCUGCACGUCAACUUCAGAGAUCUGGGCUGGGACGACUGGAUCAUCGCCCCACUGGAUUAUGAAGCAUACCACUGCGAGGGGGUAUGUGACUUCCCCCUGCGCUCCCACCUGGAGCCCACCAACCACGCCAUCAUCCAGACUCUGAUGAAUUCAAUGAACCCCAGCAACAUGCCGCCCAGCUGCUGCGCCCCAUCCAAACUCAGCCCCAUCAGCAUCCUCUACAUCGACUCAGGAAACAAUGUGGUCUACAAACAGUACGAGGACAUGGUGGUUGAGUCUUGUGGCUGCAGGUAGUAGAUCUGACAGGUAUAGCGCUUCACUUUGACCAACUCCCUGUUCGUCAGGCUCUCUGGUUAGUGGAAAUCCAACAGAAGUACAGUCUGUGUAAUGAGAAGUCUGCACCUGAAAUAAGGAAAACUUGCUCAAUUUCUUUGGAAAGAAAAACUUAUUAAUGCUUUUCCUGACCAUGCACCCAACAAGGUCACGUUUAAUACCUCAAACAUUUGUUUUCUUGUUGUUUUUCUGUAUGUUCUGGCCACUUCAACACCAAGUGACAGCAUAUUCAUGGAUAUAUGAUAAGAGAAACUUAUUGAAAACUCUAUAUCUUCUGUGUCACCAAAUCAAGAAAAGGUUUAAAAGAACAGUUCAACAAUUGGCAAAUACACUUAUUCACUUUGAAGACAACGGAGUAGAAGCGCUGCUGGGUCGUUGUGGUAAUGACAUUAUUUUUGAAGAUGAUAUGCAUUUUGUGCUUUUUUGAGACCAUAUUCCACCCACGCAAUGAGCCCUUCACAAGAUUGAAUAUACACUUAUUCACUGUCUUGCAGAGAGUUAGACGAGAAGAUUGAUACCACUCACUUGCCUGUACGGUAAAUUUGAAGCUACAGCUAGCAGCUGGUUAGCUUAGCUUAGCAUAAAGACUGGAAACAGGGGGAAACAGCUAGCCUUGCUCUGUCCAGCUAAAACAAUAUGCUGCACAAAAC